UACCAUUUUCAUAGUCAGUUAAAUUAUUGCUUUUAUAGCGGUCGUAGUGCGCUGGGCCUCACCACUUAAUGGUUACGUAUACGCACUGUAUUCCUACUAUGUUGAGUGUGUUAAAUAAGUGCAUACGUUGAUGUGCAUAUGAGUGUGCGUGUGUGUUUAUGUGAGUGAAGCUCUUUUAAAUGUGCGUUUAUUUGAAGAGCUUUCACGUAUCGCCUCGCUGGUGAGUGUUUUUGUGUGCGUGUGGGCCAGCUGCAGUUUAUGAACAGCUGUGAUCGGCACCGUUGCCCCACACUAGGACUCACUCGUUACCGCCACCCGGUCAUUUGCUGCGUUUGGCGCGUUGCGCGUCGUCGCUCUGCGGUUUUCGUUUUUCGGUCAUUAACUGCACAUGUUGCGGUCAUGGUUGUUACAUAAAAUUUUAUUGCCCAGGUUCUGUGCUGGCCAAUCACCGUGAAAUGCUUUCCCUUAGUCCCUCCGACCAUUCUCUGGUGCGAUAUACCAACGAUUCGCUGAUAGUCCAAUGCCGCAGUUCAACGUCAGAGGCGCAGCUGGUGUGGAAGUCGCCGAAAGGUGAAAUAGUAAAGGAGCACAAAGGACGCAUACACAUCGAGCAAAGUGCACCAGAACAAUUGAAAAUUGUUUUCCUACACAUUUCGCUGGGCGACAAGGGGAAGUGGACAUGCGAGGAUGCCCAUGGUGACAGAGCGGAGAAGUCUUUCGAGCUCAUUGUGUAUCAAAAAAUUGCUUUUACCGAGAAUUUCACUAUGCUUACGGGGAAGGAAGGCAAGGAUGCGUUCAUACGAUGCGAAGUGAAGGGAGAACCGCAACCAAAUGUCACCUGGCAUUACAAUGGACAGCCAAUUAGUGUUGAGACAUUUACGGGCAACUCAACGAAAUUCCAGAUUCUGGCUGACGGAUUACAGGUUCGCAAUGUAACUCAGAACGACACCGGCGAAUAUACGUGCCGCGCCUACCAAGUGAACACCAUCGCAUCGGACAUGCAGGAGCGCACCAUUUUGAUGAAAAUCGAACAUAAGCCGUUCUGGAUGCACAGCCAUCAUAUUUCACCGCAGUACGUCUACCUCAACGGAAGCGUGACCAUACCGUGCCAGGCAAUCGCCGAGCCGCCAGCGAAUUUUACUUGGCACAAGAAUAGUAGCAAGAAACGUCUGCGCAACGACAAACACUAUAGCUUCGAGACGGAUUACUAUGCAUCCAAUUUGACGAUUCAAGCGCGCGACGAUAACGUAUUCGACACGUAUCGCUGCCUCGCGGAGAACAACCUAGGCACUAUUGAACGUAGCACAAUACUGGAACGGGGCGAAAAACCACCACCACCAAGCGUUUUGCAGUUACGCGGCUUCAAUUCGAACACCUUCGAUGUGGAUGUCGGUUCGGUGCGCACCUCGCCGGUGCGUCAAUUGAUGGAUGUGAAAGGCUUUCGCAUUGAGUAUAUGACGGAAUAUGAAUUCAAAUCGGAUGCGGGCAAAUGGACGAAUGCCAAACGCAAGGAUUUUCCAUUCGAAGACGGUGCAACUUUCCUUAUCAAUUAUCUGGAAGCCGAUACAACCUAUUUGAUGCGCGCUGCCAGCAAAAAUCUCGCUGGCCUCAGCGAUUGGACAAAAGUAGUAAAAUUCCAUACACUCUCCAAUGAGCCGCCAUCCUCGUCAACGCGCCUAGAGCACUUGAGUGCCACACAGUUGUUGUGCAUAUCGCUGGUGGCGUUGUUGUUGUGCAAGGAGUUGUCGUUUGGCUUUCAACCAGUGGCCAGUAUAACGAAAUUACGUCGUGCUGCCGCCGUGCGUUGGUGAAGUGAAAACGCGUUCGUGGAUUCUACAAGUAGUAGUUUGUAUGUACUGAUAGUUUAACAGCGAAGCGCAGGUGAGGUAGACUAGGAAGGGGUUUCAUGAUGUGCAGGGAAAAAUUAUGAAGAAUUGUGAAGAAUUAUUAAUUAGAACUAAGGAUUAAAGGCUUCGAGAUGUUUAAUUUAAUUUAAGCGAAAUAACAACAACAUCAAGUAGAAAAAUGUAAAUUUUUAAAUACAUACAUAUUUAUAUAAUGCAAAGUUGUAAAAUUUAUAAAAAACUAGUUUUCAAAGUUAUUAUACAUACUUGUAUUUCCAUACAACUAAUUUGUUUAAGCAUUUGAGCGAAGUUUAAGGUGCUUCUCAGGAAUUCUGAAUUUUGCGUUUCCCCCUUAAGAUCUUUUGAGUCCAAUUGAAUUCGCCUUACUAUACUUAUAAACUUACAUAUACGAGUAUAUAUAUUCGCAAUACCGUUGAUGCUAAUUAAUUGUUUGAAUAACCAGUGCAUCUCUCGGUUAUACUUAACUCGGAUGCGCUGAAAUCAGUAGUGUUAGUCAAUUUUAAAGAUAGGGUCACUUAAACGAUUUCUUACAAAUUAAAUAGUUUUUUCGAAAAACAUUGCUGAAACAUAACGAUUCGGCACUCGUCAAAGUUACAAAUACAAAUGGAUGGGUGAGCUGUGAAAAUAUUCAGUAAGGCUUAGCAUUUCAUCCUGCAACGUUUCACGCUACCCGAACAUGUGGAAAAUUUUUAAAAAUAUUAUCGAUAUUCUGGUUUAAUUAUAAACACACAAAUUAUCUUCUCGGAUAAGUACAUUUUUUUGCUUUGCGGCUAUGUUAACUAGCAAGAUUGCCAUUUGUAGAACAAACACAAUCCGCAAGUGUCCACCAGGCUUCAAUGCACCCACAAUUGUAGUAUAUAUAGCUUAUAAUAUCACAGCAGCAUCGGGUCUUAUUUAUUUAUAACCGUGGAAACAUGCACUGUUACCGUCCUCUAUUAUGCUUCUAGGUGUAGAGUGAUCGAUAUAUCCGAACUCGAAAUUAUGAGGAAGGAAUCUCACGACCGGGUCAUCUCACGUUCAUCAAUUGGCCGCCGAUCGUGAAGCUUAACAGCCCUACGUCAGUUUUUUAGUCUAUGCUAAUAAGCCAAUCGCUUUGGGCGAGCCCGAGGCUAACAUGCGAGAUGUUAUUGCCGGAAAACGCCGCAAACUAUUGUACCGACCGCUUAAGGCGCUGCCGGGGAGGCUAUCUGAAUGGUGUGCUUUCCAUAAAUGAAUCUAGCUUCAAAAUAAGGUCAAAUCAAUUGGAUGUCUCACCCUCUUGUUAUGUUAUUUAAAUUUAUUUUCUUACCAUUCUUAUCGGGUCACCCUAUGUUGACUCCAUUCACUACAAGUCUAUAUUGGCAUAAUUAACUAAAUUACUAAUUUUUAACAUUUUUAAAAAUGCUACAAAUAAGGAUCUGUUUAAUUAUUUUGAGUGUUUUUUGCUUAAAUAAAUUAUAUAAAACAUGCUUUUGUUAUUUUUUCCAAAAAAAUGACUCGCAAAAAGCCAAGCAGGUCGAAGUAUUGUGAAAGUCGUAUUUUUGGUGCGAAUCGCGAACUACGUAGCAUACCUACAUAGAAUUUGGGGCAACCGUGUGGGAGUCAUGCACAACUACACACUCGGCUAUGGCGGUUAAUGACGAUAAAUAGAAAUAGCUUAACAAAAAAACGAAAACAUGGGAUAUCUACAUGUUUUCCUAAUCAGCCACAGCCUGUCCUUACCGGUACUUACCAUACGAAUGAAAAAUUUUGAACAAUUUAGGGCGCACGCUAGCGACAACAAACCCAAAAUAAGCUGUGAUGGGUAUAAAUUGAAUUUCUUUAGGAAAAGGGGAUACCUAUGCUUUAAUUGCAAAAAAAAAUAAUUUUAACGCCUGAAAUCCCUCAAAACAAAAAUAAAAAUAUUCAGUAUUAAAAAAAUAUUUGUAAAUAAAAAACAAAUUGACAUUUUUGUUUAUUUAUUAUUAAGAUAAGACAUUUUUAAUAACAAAAAAAUAUUGUUUUUGAAUUGCCUAAAUUCUAAAUUUUUGAUAUUAAAAAAAUUGUU